AUGACUCCACACUUAUCAAGAGAAAUACAGAUGCUUGGGGGUGGGAGGUGGCACGGUGGCCUCCGGGCUGGCGUCACCUGCCACCACGCUGCCCUCACUGUCCCCUCCUCAUACCCCUGUUGCAGACGCUGGGGCCACCCAGGCGCCCGGUGGGACCUGGCAAACUCAGGCUGUGAAGACCUGUGGGACCAGGAGGAGGAGCGUUUUCUGUACUUUGCCUUUGGAAGCAACGUGCUAACUGAGCGGAUUCACCUCCGAAAGCCCUCGGCUAUGUUCUGUCGCAUGCCCGUCAUUUGCAUGGCUGCAAAAGGCAGUACUUUGCCAUUGGAGUAUGAAAAGAAGUUAAAUGCAACAGGACCAAAUGACUACAAAGGAAGGGUCUCAGAAGAAAUUAAAGAAUUAUCAAAAAGGGAGGAACAAACUCAUCAGAACACAGAAUAUAUCUAUGGAUAUAGUCUCUAUGUGCUAAUAUAUUUUUAA